AUGUCGUCCACAUCCCGCUUUAGCCUCGCUGGCAAAACCGUCGCCAUCACAGGCGGCGGACGAGGUCUUGGCAUCACACUCGCUCUCGCUGUGGUCGAAGCCGGUGGCCAUGUUGCCUGUCUCGACAUCCUCCCCGAGCCCGCCGCAGUCGAGUGGGAGGCGCUCCAGAAGACGGCAGCUUCCGCACCGGGCGGGCCGCUCGCCUGCUCAUACCACAAGUGCGACGUCACAUCCGAGGCCGAGAUGGAAAGGAUAAUCGACUCCAUCGCGGAGGAGGCAGCAAGCCGGGGCACCGAACUGGCGGGGUGCGUGGCGUGCGCCGGGAUACAACAAAAGACUCCGGCGCUCGACUAUCCGGCGGCCGACUUUGAACGGAUACUCCGGGUCAACGUGACGGGGGUCUUUAUAACGGCCAAGUACGCGGCGCGGGUCAUGGUCCGGCGUGGGGUCAAGGGUAGCAUCGUGCUGAUCGGCAGCAUGAGCGGCGAGAUUGCCAACCGUGGACUCACGUGCACGGCGUACAACAGCAGCAAGGCUGCGGUCCAGCAAAUGUGCAGAUCACUGGCCCAGGAAUGGGGAAAGCAUGGCAUCAGGGUUAACUCGUUAUCUCCUGGGGAGAACUUACAAACUCCGAGUCCGCUCCUUCCCCCGUCCUCUUCUGGUCAGUUUGAGAUUGUUGACCUGACUAAGGCCAUCGUUUACGAAUAUGCGGGGCCAGAAGAGAAGUCAGCAAGGUCCGGGGACCCAAGAAGCACGUCCGGUAAUCCUAAUCCAUCCUCGGCAAAACGUCAGAGCUUCUCCCUUCUCGUUGAUGGUCGUAGUAGGGAUGCGACGCGCGAACCAGCCUCUCUGGGGGACCUGGUCGAUAAACCACCACUGGAAUCACUGAUAGGCGGAUCCAUUCAAGCCCGCCGAGGCUCAAAGGAAACAAGCUUAUCAUCAGAGGCACCCACCCAUACGCCUUCUGCUGCAGACAGCCUCGAGCUUGCAUCCAGUUACCACCACAGCCCACCCUCGCCGCUAGCAGAGCACGCCUUUGCAGCAGCCAAUCUGCUGUCCCUGCGCGAUCAGGUACCGAUACUCCUGCCCCAUGAGGCGCGUCCAAGCUUGGACGUAAGCUCCGUCUCCGUUCCGCCAGCCAAAUCUGUGGAUACACUUUCCGUUGUCAUAACUGAAGCUCCGUCAGCUCCCGUCGGCGAAUUUCUAUCGGAUUAUGGUUACAUUCUGAACAGUGAUGGAAGCCUGCUGCCCGGACCAACGUAUUAUGGCUUGCACACUACUCUGAGGGACCACCUCAUCCAGGAAAGCUUAUCUAGGCCCAGCACCCCUUCUCCCAACUGCGAGGAUGACGUGGAAAUUCAAACAAGUAUGCAAGCCGAUAGGCUUGACCACGGGGAUGGGAGCACCUUGAAUCUGAAGCCCGAUGAGGAGUAUCUCCUAUGGAAAAAUUGGAUCGAUGAGGUUUGCCCUUGGCUCGAUAAAUUUGACUGUCAAGAACACUUUCGCCUUAGCCUGUCCAAGAUGGCCAGUUCACAUCUUCACCUCAAAUACUCCAUCAUGGCAGUGUCUGCUCGGCAAAUGGAAAGGCAAAGAGGGCCAAAAGGUCCCGCCAUUCCUAGUAGCCUUGCGUUAUACCAACAAGCCAUUCACCACCUUCUCCCCCAGCUCGCAACGCGUAGCACGGCAGUCAUCGCAUCCUGCGUCCUGCUGUGCGUCCUGGAGAUGCUUAGCUCAUCGCCUAAAGCCUGGCAGAGGCACCUGGACGGCUGCGCAACCCUCCUGCAGGCCGUCCCCAUCCACGGAUUUUCUGGAGGAGUUGACCAAGCUCUGUUCUGGUGCUUUGCUCGCAUGGACCUGGCCGGGGGUUUGAUAUCAUCUACCAAGACCCUCAUACCUGCAAGAGCCUGGACUCCCGAGUCGUCUCUUUCUUCUGCUCUCUCUUUAUUUCGAGCGCAUACGUCGUGCGACGUAUAUGCCAACCAGAUCGUCUUUCUCACAGCGCAUGUCGUCGAGCUGCUUCAUGGCUCUCCAGCAGAGUUCAUAGGGCCUCAUGAGCGGUGUGCAACGGAAGGUCAACUCCCAGUGGACUCUGGCAGCCUUGACAUGGCUGAGAGGUGGGAAGAGCUGACUAGGGCGGUGGAAAACUGGUACGAGCGACGACCCCAGGAGAUGGAGACUGUCUUCUCCGUCGGGACGGGGGACAAGACCUUCCCGACGUUAUUAUUCAGCAACCCGGCCGCCAUCUCAGGCAAUCAAGUAUACCAUACGGCGGCAUUGCUCCUGCUGCAAUAUCGACCGCCCCGGGCCCGUCUGCCGCCCAAAAGCCGCUCUUUACUCUGGCACGCGAGGCAAAUUAUUGGAAUCUCCCUGUCUAACACGCACCACGGGUGCUGGACCAACAGCCUACAGCCCAUAUGGGUAGCCGGCAGGUGUUUCAGCAAUCCCGAGGAUCAUCGGGUCAUACUGGACCUUUUGGCAAGGAUCGAGACGGAGAGCGGCUGGGCGACAAGAUGGAGGGCCGACGAUCUUCGGGAGUGGUGGGGUGGACCCGAGUAGUUAGCUACUGUAGCUAUCGGUAUGUGGCGGAGAGGCUGGCGAACACAUGUUUCUGGUUCGCGUGAGAACGUGAUACCCUAUUAUGACGGCUCCUUUUUUUUUAGCUUUUUUUUGGCAUGGGUAGCUUAUGAUAUUUGUAAGGGAUUCUUAUAGACA